AAAUGUCAGUACAACAGAAAAGCGCCAAAGAUUUGUGUCACGUGCAAGACGCCUUCUUUCUUUCAAAUACCAGUCAAAUACUGCCUGAAAACUGAAAAUGCUCCUUCAUUUCUUCAUUUGGUCCUGGCCUAGAAGCAAGAAUUUAUGUGAGGUAUUUAAGGUGGGGAUUAUCCAGGGUGUGGGGUUAGGUUAGGGGUGGGUCUAUUUUUUCCAAGCUCAUGUCGGUUUUAUCAAAUUGCCACGUAAUAUCAACUUCAACAAGAAGCAUCUUAAGACAGCAAGUGUUAUAACAGUGAAGUGAAAAGUGAAGCAGCAACUCCCUUACUAAUGCUCAAUCCUUAUUACAACAUUUAUCAGCCUUAGAAGAGAUGCCAAGGUGAAAAUGAUAAGUGCGCCGACCACCGGAAGGCCCUGGUAACACACAGCUACACAAAUGGAGCGUGACGAAAGCACAAAACACAGGAAGACCGUGUCUUAAGACAUCAUAGAUGUAAACUUUUAUAAUGUCAAGGCUAUGCCUCAUAGACGGCAUCGAGUUCGAGUGCACGUCCACAAUCGGUAUGUGAGGACACAGCCCGCCCAGCAAACAGGCUGCUGCAAAAAGCGAUGCAAAAAAGGAUCGCGGUGCCGGCGUGGCGGAGACGCCCUGUACCAGCCGGAGGGCAACCCAUGUGACCGGCCGGUGGGCGCCGGCGUCACCCGGAAUGGACAGCAGCAGCGGCGCGGCUGCCAGCGCUUCCACUCGGCCGAGGAGGUGUGUCGCCGGGGCUGCGGCCGGAGGGGCGGCCCGCGCGCGGACACAGCGGCAGCCGAGGACGGUCGGUACGCCGGGUACGAGUCGGACGGCGGCGGCCGGCCGUGCAGCCGCUCCGGCCCGGCCCGGACACUAGCCGGCGGCUGCGACAAGCGGGCCACCGGCUCGCGGCCCGGUACGCCCUGCGAGCGGUUCAAGUCGGCCGAGGAGACGUGUCGCUCCUGCCCUAAGCGGGGCGGGGACCGACAGCGGUACGGAGACCCCGGAGGGCGCAACUACACCGUCUACACGGCCCAGGUGCAGCAGCCAGAAUUCGCCGGGAAGCAGCUCUCUGUGCAGGCCUCCCCAGACGGGCCAACCGCAAACCAGCCAGUGACGGUCCCCUGUGGACAGGACACCAAACUCCCACACUGUCCGGAUCCAAACGAGAUAACCGAGGAGAUAAUCCAUACACGGGAGCACCGCUGGCACAUCCCGUCGGCGGCCCCGGCGGUGAGUGACCCGUGUGCCUCGCCGCCGGGGCCGGGGCGGCGCGGCGGCCCCGGCUCCUCGGACGGCUCGCUGGGGACGGCGCCGCGCUCCCGGAGGGCGCCGGUGCCCCUCGGCGAGUCCGACUCGGACCGCGGCCGCCGCGCGCCGCCGUCCGAGCCCGGCGUGCGGCGCACCCGCAGCGAGCUGCUGGCCGGACGGCAGCUGGUGGCCCGCAUCGCGCGCCAGGUGGAGCUCGACGACGGCACGGCCGCCGAGCACCAGCUCGUGUACCGGCUGAGCGCCCAGUACAGCCGACAGUUCGCCGACUACGACUCCGGCUCGGAGAGCGACUCCGAGAGCGAGCGGCGGCCGCCGGCGUCCGAGCCGGGCACGGAGCGGACCGGUCGCUCCAGCCGCACGGCCGACACGGUGCUGCGGAUCGAGCGACUCCGGCUGGAGGAGGUCAGCGGCACGCCCAGCUCGUCCGACACCGGCGGCGCGCCAGCCGGCUCCGGCAGCCCCCGGCCGGCGCCCCGCUCGGCGAGGCUCGCCGAGCCGCCGUCCCCGCUGCCGCGCCGCCAGGUCACCUCUGAGCCGACCCUGCCGGCGCCGGCAGUGCGCGCUCCGGCCCCGGCCACCAGGGCCACCCGCAGCCUCGACUGCCAGCCAGUACCGCUGGACGGCAGAGAGGGACGCACUAAGAGGCUGCGGACCCGUGGAGCGCUGACUCGACUUCGGCAGGCCAGUGUCACCAGGCUUAACGAGGAGCGACAGCGACAGCUGCUCAAUGAGCGCACCAUCAUACAGAACGAAGUCCAGCUGGCGGGGAAGCCGUCACCGGACCAGCCGGCGGGGAAGCCAUCCCCCGACCAGCCGUCAGACGGAGCAGACGACGGCGGUCGGCGGGACAUUACCGUGCUGCACGCGCAGAACCUGCUGCCGGCCGACUACCAGGGCCCCGGCUCGCGCGGGGACGCCGCCUCCGCCGCCGCCGAGCCCAUCUACCAGAACGUGGAUGCGCUGUACGACGGCGGCGCCGGGAAGCCGGCGGACAGUCCCGGCGGAUUCUCGCCCGUGCAGCCGGAGGCGGCGUCCCCGUACCUGACCCGCGCCGACGACCUGUACCAGCCCGACCAGGCGCGGUACAGUGAGAACGGAAACUACGGGGAGUACGGCGCCGCCCGGUCGCCCUACCUGGACACGUCACCGGCGGGCCGCUCGGGCCGCGCCCGGUUCGACGACGACGACCAUCUGGGCGCGGCGCUGUACGAGCAGCGCUACCAGCCGCGCUGGGACAACUCGCCGUACCUGAGUCGGCCCACCGGCGGCCCCGCGCCCGCCGCCGCCCCCGGCACCGACAUCCGGGCGGGGGCGGCGCCGACGGGCGCCCGGCUGCAGCGCCAGGGAGGCCAGCAGAAGCUGGGCGUCGGCCGGCGCGGCGUCGGGCUCGGCCAGCGUCUGACGAGCGGCUUCAGCUCGCUGCGCCAGCGCGGCGCCGCGCUCUACCGCCGGCUGUCCGGCGGGAGGGGACAGGCCGGACGGGGACGGGGCCGAGGGCGCGCCGCGCCGGCCCGACCCGCGGCCAGGGGCGCGGGCAGAGCCGGCGGCCGUCGUCCGGGCGGCAAGGCUGACAGCUGCAGCUGCUCCGACUCGGACAGCAGCUGCGGCGCCGUCAACUGCUCGUUCCUCUUCUACUUUAACGGAGACGGCGGGCCGAGUCCGUUCAUGUGCAACAUACCGGCUGCCAUCACCGGCAGCGGCGCCGGAGGAGCAGGCUCCAUGCCGAAAAAGUACUGUGGAAUGUGUGACUGACACCAAAACAACAACAAAUAUACAUAGUGCAAUAAAAGCCA